CUCGAACUAAUUUAAGAAUAAUUCAUCGAGCUCAAGCUUUAAAUCUGUUAAGUUAAACCGAACUUAAAGUGUAUCAAAUUCAGUUCGAGUCAGCCUAUGUCCUAGAGUUAUUAAAUUUUGAAGUGAAAAUCGGCUUUUCUGCUUUGGGACCAAACACGGCCUUUUAUAUUAUUACCUUAUUUUAUCAACUCUACCUUGAAGCUGUAACGAAGUCGGAGAGUGAGAGUUGAUGCUGCGAAGAAGAAGCAGUUAGCGGAGAAGAAAAUAGAUAAAUAAAAAAAAUGAUUUUACAAACAACGAAUCCAUAUCCACCUUUUCGUUCUAUCAACUCGAGCAGCAAGAAUCUCUCUCUUCAACCCUGUACCACAACAAUUUUAAUGACCUCCAGAGCUGGCUGUGGAAUAAACCUUACUAAAGUUUGCAACUUACAGAUACAUCGAAGGGAAUUGGCUAAGGAUUCUUCCAGUGUGGAAGAGUUUAUGAAUUCCUUGAGGAAGCUUUUGACUGUUGAAGAGAACUUAGUUGUGAAAAGGCUAAUAACUCAGGCUUCUGCAAUCUCAUUUGGAUCCAGCACAUGGUUGAUCUGUGCUCAAUCGGCAAAUGCGGGUGAAAAUGUUAGAACGAAUGCGAUUUAUGAAGUCGGGGAGUUUUUUGAAUUGGGAAUUCAGCUGUUGUAUCUGCUUUUACUAUUAGGUUUGCUUGGAGUUGGUACCUUCUUUGUGAUUCGUCAAGUCCUUGUGCGUAGAGAACUUGACCUCUCUGCUAAAGAAUUACAGGAGCAAGUAAGAAGUGGUGAUGCCAGUGCAACUGAGCUUUUUGAACUUGGUGCAGUGAUGUUGAGAAGGAAAUUUUACCCAGCUGCUACUAAGUACUUGCUUCAGGCAAUCGAAAAAUGGGAUGGAGACGAUCAAGAUCUUGCUCAGGUUUACAAUGCUCUUGGUGUCAGUUAUGUACGCGAUGGAAAGCUUGAGAAAGGAAUCACUGAGUUUGAAACUGCUGUGAAGCUCCAACCUGGCUAUGUGACAGCCUGGAACAACCUUGGUGACGCCUAUGAAAGGAAGAAAGACUUGAAGUUAGCUCUCAAGGCAUUCGAAGAAGUGCUUCUUUUCGAUCCUAACAAUAAGGUGGCACGACCUCGUCGAGAUGCUUUAAAAGACCGAGUGAAACUUUACAAAGGAGUUCCUGUCAAAUCAAAAGACAGAUGAUUUCUGCAGCUGUAAGAUUGACCCGGUAGUUCCUUUCAUGUUCUCAACCUUAUUUAUCUUCUUAAAAGUUUGAUUCCCUAAAUGGUAUGUUCUAAUAUAUGAAGCAAUGAAAAUUAAAGCAAAUCAGUAUUUAAGAUA